GCCCAGCCUAGCUCAAGCUUCUUCGCCCAUCCCCUCCCCGGAGACCGGGCAGGACGGCAAGGUAAGCGGCGAACGCCGGGCCGGCACGACCUCUCGCCCCACCACCACCAAACCCCCGAUCGCAUCCAACCCCUAGGCCGCCGCUCGGCACGAACUCCAGCGGCGAAAGACCCCUCGAAUUUCGCUGCUCUUCCCGGGAGGCGCUUCUGCGGUGAGGUCUAUGUUGGGCGUGGUGGCCUGAGUACCCAGCUAGGGCUCGGAUGAAGGAGCGGAAGCCGGCGGCAUCCUCCCCCGCUCUCGCCCGCAUCCUCGCAUCCUGCGCUUCCCAGGUUAAGAACAAAGCUUGAGGUUAAGAACAAAUCUCUUUUGGUGUGAUUGCUGUGGAUUUCAGUUUCAGUCAUCUUGAAAAGUGGAACCUCAUUUGCUUGGUUGAACAAGCAGUCUAUCAUAGUCACUUGAGGAGACAAACAAUGCUGGGCAAUCAGAUGCAAGGUGGUUUGGGCACUCCUGGGGCGCUGUCUCAUGCUUAUGUCCAACAUCCUCCACUGCGAUGUGAUAUACCAGACAUCCGGGGUCUGUUCUAUGAUGAUGCGAAUAAGUUUCUUAUAGCUCCAACAGCUGAUAGGAUUCUGUACUGGAAAAUAGCUCCAUCUAUUCCAUCUGGACCUCCAAAUUCUGAUCCAGUUAAUGAAGGGCCUGUCUUGUCAGUUAGAUAUUCCCUGGAUCACAAAGUCAUCGGGAUUCAGCGUUCCAGACAUGAAAUUGAGUUCAGAAAUAGAGAAACAGGGGUGACCUGUAGCAAAAAGUGCAGAGCCGAUUCCGAAACUAUUCUUGGCUUUUUCUGGACAGAUUGCCCCACAUGUGAUGUCAUACUUGUUAAAACAAGUGGCCUAGAUCUGCUUGCCUACGAGCCUCAGUCCCAUGCUUUUCGCUUGGUAGAAUCAAAGAAAUUCAAUGUGAGCUGGUAUCUUUACACACAUGAAAGUAGGCUGAUUCUUCUUGCUUCUGGAAUGCAAUGCACGAUGUUUACUGGUUAUCAGUUUUCUGCUGGUGGGAUUGUCAAAAUACCAAAGUUUGAGAUGAUGAUGUCUAAAACUGAAGCAAACAACAAGCCUGUUCUAGCUGCAGAUGAUGUUCACAUUGUAACAGUCUAUGGUAGGAUUUACUGCUUGCAGCUUGACCGAGUUAGUACGUCAUUGAAUUUAUAUCGUUUUUACCGUGAUGCUGUUGUACAGCAGUGUACUUUGCCUACUUACUCAAGCAGAAUUGCAGUUAGUGCGGUUGACAACAUAAUUAUGGUUCAUCAAAUAGAUGCAAAAGUAAUCAUACUUUAUGAUGUGGCCUUGGAUUCUUACGCCCCAGUUUCUGCACCACUUCCACUGCUAGUGAGAGGGCUGCCCAGCAAUAAUAGGCAAGCUUCUCAAACUGCAGAUAGUCAAUCUAGUGCAUAUGGUGGAACUAUUUAUGGAGAUGGUUGGAACUUUCUCAUUCCUGACCUGAUCUGUGAUGCUGAGAAUGGGCUCUUAUGGCGACUUCAUUUAGACCUUGAGGCUAUUGCUGCUAGUAGUUCUGAUGCUCCUUCAAUUUUGGAAUUCCUUCAGAGACGGAAGUCUGACCCAAGCAUGGUUAAGAUGAUAUGUCUUGCUAUAGUUCGUAUGAUCAUCCUGGAGAGGAGGCCGGUAACCACAGUUGCUAAGGCAAUGGAUGUUGUUCUUGAUUCCUACUCCCGCUUGAUGAAAAUGGGAGGCGGUCUUCCUGGGGUUAGGCAGAUACAUGAGCAAAGCCAGCGGUUGGGUGGUCAACCUGCUGAAGGCUCCCAUGUGAUUUCUCAGGGAACUAGUCCUGGACCUACAGUUAGUCCUUCUGUGAACCCAGACCAAGCAGGUGGGGUUGCAAAUAGGUCUACAGAGGCAAAUUCAGGAGUUGAUCAUGGAAUAGACAGGGCAACUUUAAAUACAUCUUCAGAUUCUGAUGAGAUUACGAAUGUAUCAGGAGUGACAAGUCAGGGAACAUCUGGUUACCAGACAUCUGAUGCUAUCAACAAAAGACAGCAAGUUGUGGGUGAAGAUAGCAGACCGUUGUCUUCAGGCACAUCGAUGCAGCAAGGACAACAUGCUGGAAGUGUGGCAAUUUCUCCAAUUGAGAUGUUCCAGUCUGUCUUUGCACUUGUGGAAGAUGAAAUGAUGGGUGACCCUGCAUAUCUUACUGCUGUCAUCAUGGAGUUUCUGCGGAGUACCUCAAAGGCUGGGCUCAAGGCUCCUCCCAACCUUUAUGUGAUGAUGGCAACGUUGCUAGCUCGUAGCAACCGUUAUGCUGAAAUAGCAUUGUUUGUAUCAAACAAGAUCCUGGAGCCAUCCAAGGAGCUGGCAAUGCAACUCAUGGAACUGGGUCAACAGCACCCUCCAACUAGGAAGCUGGGCCUCGACAUGCUAAGGGAACGGAGCCUGCACCACGACUACGUCGCUGCACUUCUGCAAGACGGGUACUACCUGGAGGCCCUACGCUACGCAAGAAAAUACAAGGUUAUCACCGUGCAGCCCGCCCUGUUCCUGGAGAAAGCCGUGGCGAGCAACAGCGCCCAGAACCUGGCCACAGUGCUGAGCUUCUUCUGCGAGUUCACGCCUAGUUUCAAGACCACGUCGGACUUCGGCAGAUACCGGCACAUUCUGUCCGAAAUGGUUUGAGCGGCUUUGUUUGUACAAUCUUCUUGCGCCCAAAUGACUUUAGCACGUCCGUUCUAUAGAAUAGUUAACAUUGCUUGGGAGAUACGACGUUCUGUCGGGUGAUAUUUUUAGCAGCUCUUGCAGAAAUAAAUAAAAGAAAUAGAUUGAAAAUGUUGCUAUAUGAUGAAUUGUGCAUAA